AUGAAGGAUUUCUGUGUUCAAGAAGUAUUCUGUAACUGUCCCAGCGGAUGGUCAAGAUACGAACAAUCAUGUUACCACGUCAGUAGAGAUUCAGCAUCGUGGGCAGAAGCCAUGAAAAUGUGUGAAAUACACGGGAGUUUCCUUGCAAGCAUUGAAACUGUUGCUGAAGACCAGUACAUGAAAACCCUACUUGGAGCUCAACGUCAUACUUCAAGCUUUUGGUUAGGUGGAUCAGAUUGGGACAACGAAGGAGAAUGGAAAUGGGAACCACAUGCAAUUCAAAUGAAUUUCACUAACUGGCACAAAGGACAACCAGACAAUAGUGGAGGCAAAGAGCAUUGUUUAUCUGUACACAGAUCCUACCGUUACGAGUUUGUCGAUAACAACUGUCACGAUUCACAACACUAUUUGUGUGAAAAAACGGACACCAGUAGCACAGAAACAGAGGUUCUUGGAAAAUGAUAACAUAUUAUUAC